AUGCGACAGGGCGUCGGAGAAGUCAUUUGCAUCAAUUGUCAAUCAGAAGCCAGCUGCCAGCGCCAAGGCUGCCGUCACUUUGCAGUUGACGAGACGUACCCCUUUGCAUGUGUGUCCGGAACGGUACAGUCUCUUCAGAACAGCAUCGAGCUCGUAGAGGGGAUCCGUCAGGGGGGGACGGGGGACGAUCCCAGGUCCCCCCGCCCCUGCUCAGGCACGCGUCGCCAGGCUAAGGGACGCACGGGAGCCGGAUCCCGAUGCGGUCGGACAUCUGGCCCGCCAGGCCGCGGAGUUGGGGUUGGGGUUGGGGACACCGCCGGCUUAGAGGCGGGGGCUGAUUUGGCGAUGGCGCCGAGAGGGAGGGAGGGAGUGCGGGGGAAAUGCAACGGGAGCCAGGGGUGGCAACGAGUCUCCCGGUGGGACCCACGGGGGCAAGACAAGCCCCAGCCUUGA